AUGUGCCUGACGAGAUUAAGAAGCAGAGAUAUGCAGUUUGGCGGUGUACAGGAGGAGGGUGGACAGCAGGUGGCUGAUUUCAAAUUGUGGAAUAAUAAUAUUAUUCGAAUCAUUUAUUUUUUUCAGAAUGCAGCACUCGUAGAAGGCACCGAUAUGAGAGCGAAUUGGGAGAAAACUCCUAUCGCCGUGGAGUUUAGGAUUUAUUUAUUCAACGUCACAAACCCUGAAGAAGUCCACAAGGGAGCCAAACCCAUAGUACAAGAAGUUGGACCGUUCUGCUAUGAUGAAUGGAAGGAGAAAGUGGGAUUCUCGGAUAAUCCAGAGGAGGAUGAAGUGAGCUUCCACAUGAAGAACACGUGGAUUUUCAACAAGGAUUGCUACGGCAACACUGAGGAAGCCGGUCUAACCGGAGAAGAGAUGAUCACUGUACCAAAUGCCGCUUUACUGGUACUGAGAGUUUCAAUGAAAUACAUUAACAUCGACUACAAAAAUUAA